CCUGGAUCUGGAGCCACCUGUCCGGAUGGAGGAGGAGAAGGAGGUCAUGGACGAGAGGGAGGUGGAGGAGAGAGUGGUAGAGAUAGAACGUCCUCUGCCAUGCCUCAAUGAUUCUGACACACAAGGCAUUAUCAAGGCAGAGAUCUAUUCGGAUAUGUCGGCAUUGAGGCAGUCUUGGACCAGAUGAGACGCAAAACCAUGAAGGCUGGCUUUGAAUUUAAUAUCAUGGUGGUGGGUCAGAGCGGUCUGGGGAAGUCGACGCUCGUAAACACACUCUUUAAGUCCAAGGUCAGCAGGAAGUCCUCCACUCCAAAUUAUGAGGAGAAGAUCUCCAAAACUGUCCAACUGCAAUCAGUCAGCCACAUCAUCGAGGAGAAAGGGGUGAAGAUGAAGCUUACGGUAAUUGACACUCCUGGAUUUGGAGACCAAAUCAACAAUGAGAACUGCUGGGAGCCCAUUGUAAAGUAUGUCAAUGAACAGUACGAAAAAUAUCUGAAGGAGGAGCUGAAUGUCAACAGGAAGAGAAGAAUCCCUGACACCCGCGUUCACUGCUGCGUGUACUUCCUGCCAGCCACUGGACACUGGUUACGCCCUAUAGAUGUGGAGUUUAUGAGGAGACUGGGGAAGAUAGUGAGCAUCGUUCCUGUGAUCGCCAAAGCAGACACGCUAACUCUGGAGGAGAGGCUAGAGUUCAAACAGAGGAUAAGACAGGACCUCCAGGCCAAUGGGAUCAGAGUCUAUCCACAGAACGAGUAUGAUGAGGACACUGAAGACCGGAUACUCAACGAUAAGAUUAGGGAAAACAUCCCUUUUGCUGUGGUGGGAACAGAUAAGGAACACCAGGUGAACGGGAACAAAGUUUUGGGAAGAAAAACAAAGUGGGGGAUCAUUGAAGUUGAAAAUGUUGCGCAUUGUGAGUUUGCACACUUGAGAGAUCUUCUUAUUAGGUCCCACUUGCAAGAUUUGAAGGACGUCACUCACAACAUCCACUAUGAGACGUAUAGAGUGAAAAGACUUAACGAGAGCAAUGCCAAUGGACAGGCACUUUCACCUUUGAUCCGGGAGAAUGGUACCCUAGAGAAGAGUGAUGCAGAGAGUCACCUUUGAAAGAGAUGAAGUGUGUGCACCCGCCUUCACCCCCCGUCAGAAUGGGAGAGAUGAACAUUUCACUUCGAGAUUGCCACUGUUGGAAAAUCGACACGUUUGACUAAAGACAUUUCCGCUUAGGCAUGUAAACUUCAUAUGAGUCUAUUUUUUUUAAAUGAAUCUAUAUUGUGGGUAGGGAUCUGGGAUGAGAAACAAUAACUGAUGAAUUAUGGGUAGAAUUGAACCAGGUUUUGGCUAAGAGAACAUUUCCCUCUAUGUAAUUUUUCUCUUUUGAUAUCUUUCAAACUCUUUUUGCUGAAUGAAUGGAACAGAGGCAUGUUGGAAAACGUGUGUGUGUGUGUGUGUGUGUGUGUGCGCCUGUUUGUGUGUGCUUGUGUGUGUGUCUGCACACCUGACACAUCACUUGAUGAGAAAAUCCCAUAAUCCCGAUCUGUGUUACUGCACCUAUACAUUAACACUGAACCAGCAAUGUGACAUGCUCCUUUGGCUCUUUUAUUUUCAUAAGUAAUUAUUUUAGGGGUUUUUUUUACAUCAAAAAUAUGAUCUUUACCUGUACUUUUGUAUAAGAAGAGAUUAAAAACUUUAGACAAAUAUUUUUUUUACCGUAGCUGCUUCCAAGCUGAAGGUAUUUUCUUAACCGCUACUUUAAAGAGUCUCUUACUGCUAUCCAUACAUGACUGCUGUGAUGAUCGCUGAUGUGUUGAUAUAAUGGGAAAUAUUUCAAAUAUAACAUUUGACCUCAAAGGUCCGGUAUGCAAUGUAAUACUAUUGAUCAUUUAUAAUGCAGAGAUGGGUAGAGAAACAAGAGAAAGCUGAUUCAUACUGAUGUUUGUCGUACAGUUACAGGUCAAGUUUAUGGUUAUAUGUUUUUCUUUCUUGAACUAGUUAACUUGCUGUUAAAAGGUACACAUUGUGCUGUUUACUUCCCUUCACUGGACAGGAGUCCACCUUGCCCUUUUGCUUAUCAAAGCUACUGUACAUAACUAUAAUGUGUUCUUAUUUUCUGUCACAGCAACACGUUUUUUUAUGCGACAUGUAUUAGCGGCAUCAUGUUUUCCUUGUUACUAAUAUUACUAUUCAUGUAAACACCAUUGUUUUAUGAUUAAAAAAUUGUCACCAGCAUUCAA